ACCAAAACUGCAAUUGAAGAUUCUCUAUACUCCCUGGAAAUGCACAAGAAAAUCAUGGCGGCGGCCGGAGGAGGAGACCGGCUGACUGAUCUGCCGGAGGAGAUUCUACUCUACAUCCUCUCUAUGUUACCAAACAGUAGACAAGUUGUUCGAACCAGCGUAUUAUCAUCGCAAUGGCGAUUUCUUUGGAAAUCCGUUUCAGCAUCACUCGAUUUCAACUCAGAAGAUUAUCGUAAACCUUACAAAAAAAUAUACAUUCUCGAUUACGCAGCUUCUGUUAAUAGAGAGCUUCAUUAUUGGAGGUCUUGCGAGAAAAUCAAAUCAUUUAGGGUUUUUCCUUAUAGCUACCAGGAUUUUAUUGCUCAUGAUGUUGAUUUGUGGGUUCACUUUGCUCUUAAUAUUGGUAAGGUUGAAGAGUUUACGUUGAAAUUUUGUUAUUUUGAUUCUCUAGAUUUUGCGUAUAAAUUUCCUGAAUUCGCGUAUACGAAUACGGUUUUAAGGAAUUUGGUGUUAGGAUUUUGCCGGUUGAGACCUUCUGGUAAUGUGAAAUGGAGUAAUUUGGUUUCUCUUUCGAUUGGGGAUGCGGGUAUGACAGAGGGUGUAAUGGAAAAAAUAUUAUCAGGUUGUCCUAUUUUGGAGUGCUUGGAAUUAGAUAAAGUUGUUGGUAUUCGUCGUCUGGAAAUCAGCUCUGUGAAGCUGAGAAAAUUGGUUGUAACGAUUUAUGAAACAGAAUCUGCUGAUGAUGAUCAAGACUAUUGCGUCGAAAUUCAUGCCCCACAUAUUCGACAUUUAGAACUUUCGGGAUUGUGUUACGAUAAGAUACACUUUCAGCUGAGAAAUGUGGCUUCUCUUGUCACUGCAGUCCUUUCUUUAAAUGUUUAUUUUUUCGACCUUGAAGAGAAUUUGGAGAAGGAGUGUAGAUAUUUGCAGGAACUUCUUCACCACGUUGCCAAUGUCAAGAAUCUUGAAUUGGGUCCCUGGUGCAUCGAGUGCCUGUCCAUACUGGAGUUUAAAGGGUGGCAUGUUCCACCAUCAAGCUGGAAAUUCUUAAAACUUAACGCAGCCUUAGAACAGUACGACUAUCCUGGAAUUUGCAGCUUUCUAUCGAGUUCAUCAGGUCUUGAGACAUUGGUCAUUGACUGGUGCCAUCCUAAACCAAGAGAAUUGCUGUCAAUGUACACAAAUGAGGAUGAACGACGGAGGAGAUUUGAAACACAUAGUUUUAACUGUUCAUUGCCACAUCUAAAGUUCUUCAAGUUCAUUAACUUUUAUGGAAAACCAAGUGAAAAAAAGUUUGUACACCCAUUGAUCAAAUGUUUGUGCAAGAAUGCGACAGCACUAAAGAAGUCUGUCAUUGCUUGCAACUUCAGAAGGAGAGAUGUGUUUUGGAAUUAUGUUGUCAGGAGCUUGCAAGUGUGCAAUGUUCCAAAUUAUUCAGAGCAAAAACAUUGGUUCUUGGGAACCCUUUGAUCCUGGGGAUUGAAAGCUCUGGA